AAAAUUAUCAAUUAGUAUCCCAGCUUAAAUAGGGAUCCAUUUGCUGCCUUUUGUUCAUAAAUUAGCUAUUAUUACUGGAAGUCUGAUUAGCCUAGGGAAUUGUAAUUUAUUCAUUGUUUCUAUUUCUCGAAAUGGAAGUUUCAUAUUCCUGGCUUUAACAACAACUUAACGUUUGGUUUUUCAUCGGAUUCCUCUAGUCUCGAAAGGACUGCCAUCCCAUAAAGUCUCAAAGAUGGAGAUAGUCAGAAGUUACCACUUAUUCUCAAUUUUAUUGAUUUGGAAUAGCCCUAUAUUUUGGGUAAAAUGUGACGACCAAGGCGGUUCUUUUGUCUGCGAGCCCGGGUGGCAUAUCGGGGAAGCUUCGGGUGAGAGUUGCUACCGCUUCGCUUCGAUGGAGGAGCAAUCGCAUCUAGAUGCCUCCCAGUCCUGCGCUGCCAUGGGCGCCACUCUGGUCGUGCCUUCUUCGCAGGCGGAGUUUGACGAGUUCCGCGAUCGGACGGAAGAUGAGUCCGGAGAAGAGGGUCCUGCUUGGAUCUGGGUGUGGAUGGGAUGCGGGGAUGCAGAGACAGAAGGGGUGUAUACCUGCUCCGACGGGACAGAGAUACCGCGCAAUAGUGAUUGGUGGUCACUUUUUGAGCCUAAUAACUUUCUGGGUAUAGAGGAUUGUAUUGUAUACUACAGAACAACUCGAAAACUUGUUGACGUCUCCUGCCAGAAUUUCAACGCAUUUGCUGUUUGUGAAAAGUCAGCUCAACGUCUCUUUCAUUCACCAGUGCUGAAAGAAUCCAGACUUCGGAGAAAAUAUAAGCCCGGGUCUGAAUUUGAAGACUACUGCCUUGUCAAUCAUGCAAUGUACACCACGAACGCGCGUAGUCUCGGACGAUGCGCUUCAGCAUGCUCAGAAAAACAAGAUUGUUUCUCCCUCACCUACCAUGAAGGCGAUGGUGGCGUCUGUGAGAUGUAUGACGUCACAGAGGCAGAAGUUCCGGCAAGUGAUUUCGUCGAACGACCCGGAUGUAUCUACUACGAAAAGAUGUAGAUUUGAUCUCUCGACACGAAGAUGGAAGUAGAAGUAUAUACUCUUUUGUGUGACGACGAAUGAAUAGGAAUGAAUUUUGUCAUUUAUUACAAACAAGGAAGAGAUUAUAGAGGAAGGAGCGUAGCUCUCAAAAAAUAAAAGGUAAUGUCACACUCUUCGCCAGUGCCCAAGAUGUGACCCCCAAAAUUGAAAUCGUAUAUACAUGUAU